UCGUGCACUGAAUAGCAAUCGUGUGUGGACACAGCCAAGGUCUGCCCACCCCGACACCUCUCCCUCCCUCCCUACCUGGAUACACGUGAAGCAGCAGCAUGCAUGCGGCUGACGCCGAGGCUGCAGACAACCAGCACGGCGCAGCGGAGAGGAUGGAGAGGACGCCCGUGGCGGAGAUGCAGCGUCGGACCGACGACCAGCACCAGGGACCGUCUUCGGCAGCACACGGUGUGCUCGAUAAACUGUUUGGAAAGCGGCUUCUGCAAGCCAGACACUACAUAUUGUCUCGCAAGUCCUGGCUGAAGAUGGUUCCCACAGAAAACUGUGACAUCCUGAUGGCAUUCCCAGAUUCAAUAGAUGACCACACUCUGCUGUGGCUCCUAAAUCAGAUCCGUGUUGGAAUCCCACAAAUCAGUAUUCAAGUCCGGCAGCAUAAACAUACUCAGGCUUAUGCCUUCUUCAUCACCACGACAUUUGAAAACUUACUGCGGGGAGCGGAACAGAUGAGCAUGCACAAGGCCGUCAAGCCGCAGUUUGGCGGCGGGAUGCGACGCUUCUGCUGUGAAGAGGACAACAUCUAUGAGAACAUAGAGAGCGAGCUGUGCUUUUUUACAUCGCAGGAGCGUCAGAGCAUCAUCAAGUAUUGGCUCGACAAUCUGAGAGCCAAACAGGGGGAAGCGCUUCACAACAUUCACUUUCUGGAGGGUCAACCCAUCAUUCCAGAGCUGGUGGCCCGUGGUGUGAUCCAUCAGAUGUUUCCUCUCCAUGAGCAGAGGAUCCUUAAUCAGCUGAUGACAUCGUGGGUCCAGGCUGUUUGUGAAAGGCAGCCCUUAGAUGAUAUCUGCGACUACUUCGGAGUGAAGAUUGGCAUGUACUUUGCCUGGCUUGGUUUCUACACCAACUCCAUGCUUUACCCUGCCGUCAUUGGUUUUCUCCUGUGGAUACUUGCAGAAGCUGAUCAGACCAGUCAGGAUAUAUGCUGUGUGGUAUUUGCACUCUUCAAUGUUGUGUGGGCAACCUUGUUUCUCGAGCGUUGGAAGAGGCGAGAAGCCGAGCUGGCGUACAGGUGGGGCACCCUUGACACCCCUGCAGAGUCAUUGGAGGAGCCGAGACCACAGUUCAGGGGUGUAAAACGCUGUAGUCCCAUAACAGGCUGCGAAGAAUUCUACUAUCCUCCAUGGAAGAGGGCUGUGUUCAGAUGGCUGGUCAGCCUCCCCAUCUGCCUCCUCUGUCUCUGUUUUGUCUUCCUUAUCAUGCUCCUCUGUCUGGAACUGCAGGAAGUGGUUAUGGAGAUUCAGGAGCUACCUGGCAUCGCAAGAUUUAUUCCCAAAAUCCUGCUGGCCAUUACUGUAACCAUAUGUGAUGAGGUUUAUAAGAAGAUUGCCUACUGGCUCAAUGACAUGGAAAACUAUAGACUUCAGAGUGCCUACGACAAUAACCUCAUUAUCAAGAUGGUUUUCUUUGAAUUCAUCAAUUCUUACCUAAGUCUUUUCUACAUUGGAUUCUACCUCAAGGAUAUGGAGCGACUAAAGGAGAUGCUUGCAACACUGCUGAUUUUCCGUCAGUUCCUCCAGAACAUUAAAGAGGUCCUCCAGCCUUACCUCUAUGAACAAAACAAGCUGGGUGUCUUCACCCCCAAGGUGCUGUGGGAACUCCUGCAAGCCAUCAUGGUCAAGUAUGGCCGCCUGGCUCUGGGAAAGGCCCAAGCGUCAAUGACAGCCUACUCCUUCCUGGGGCUCAGGGGACUCCCAGCCAGCGACGGCACAGGCACGGACACACAGCCAAAGACGAGAGGGGAUUUGAAAGCUGGUUUCAGACUGUCGGAAGAAGAGUGGGAUAUGAGUGACAGUGCUCUGAAGCAACGAAAAGUCAGCUUUACAGAGAAGGUCGACUACCAGGAUGUCGCGGCGGAAACACAGAUGGCGGAUGACAACUUCCCUGAGGACAGCCCCACUCUAGUAGAGGACGGAAUGGAUCCAUCGAGUAUUUUUGACAGUUGUGAUGAGGACAGCGACCUUGAAUUCCUGGAGGUCAAAGAGAAUGCCAGUGUGUACUUCUCAAGAGAAUCAAACGGUCUCCGACAGAGAAGAAAAACUGUGGAAGAGGCCAAAGGGGAUAAAAAGUCCUGGAUUGAUCCACCAGAAGAACCCCAAACUGUCACUCUCGCGCAGGCUGAGAUUGAAAGCUGUAUGCAGACCUAUGAGGAUACACUUCAGGACUACCAAGAGAUGUUCAUUCAGUUUGGCUACGUGGUGCUCUUCUCCUCUGCAUUCCCCCUGGCAGCCAUGUGUGCGCUCAUUAACAAUAUCAUCGAGAUCCGCAGCGAUGCCCUCAAGCUCUGCACGGGCCUGCAGAGGCCCUUUGGCCAGAGGGUGGAGAACAUUGGGCAGUGGCAGACUGCAAUGGAGGCCAUGGGCUUGAUAGCCAUUAUGGUUAACUGUUACCUUAUUGGUCAGUGUGGUCAACUGCAGCGCCUUUUCCCCUGGUUGAGUCCUGAGAUGACCGUCGUCUCCAUUGUUUUGCUGGAGCACUUUGCCAUCCUCCUAAAGUACAUCAUCCAUGUUGCCAUCCCUGAUAUCCCCGGUUGGGUAGCAGAAGAGAUGGCCAAGCUAGAAUAUCGACGAAGGGAAGCUUUCAAGAGGCAUGAGCUACAGGUGCAGCAACAUUUCCAGCAGCAGCUUAGACGUCGCCGCGAGGAGGAGGGACUUCAGCGUCAGGCCGAGGCGCGUCAGGAGAGCGAGUGCCACAAGUCGGACGCUACUCACCAGCACCACCAGGAGAAGGCUGCAGGUGGCAAGCCCAAAAGACCCAGCUCUCUGCUCGGGAACAACAACGUGAUGAAGCUGAAGCAGAUCAUCCCACUUCAGGGUAAGUUCUCCUCCGGCAGCUCCCGCUCCCCAGCUCAGUCACCCACCGGGGGAGAGGCCAAGCUGCCAGGAUUUCUCAAGUUUUUGAAGUCAACAGAGUUGAAAAAAGAGCCAGCAACAGCUGCGGGUUCACCCGGAUCAACGGGGAGCUGUUCGACCACCCCUAGUGGCCUGGAGCGAAAUCAAUCUCCCAACAGGACAUUCAGUCCGGGUAAGCUCUUCAGUUUCAGCAAGACGGAGGGAACUGUGGUGUGUGCUAACGGGACACAGCCUCCCAGCCAGACGGAGAGUUGUCAUGCCAACAGGGCUGAAUUCAACUUAACUCAUGAGGAGUUACCAUCAAAUGAGUCUGAUAAAGGAGACGGUGAUUUAGAAAGCUCAGGCUUGAAGAAUUAAUACACAUUUCCAGUGUCAAAACAAAAAAGAUGCACUAUUUGCAAUGGUAAUGAGCGGGUUAAACCCUGAAACACACACAGUGGUGAAACGUGAAGUCUGGCAUAUGGAAAGCCAUUUGAGCAUUUAUUCCAUAUCCUUGAUAUCCAGGUUAAGGUCUAUGUACAGUGAACACAGAAUAUUCGCAGUUCAUCAUUCACAGAUUUGGCCACUCACUGAUUUUGGGGGGGAAACUAUACUAUGUUGUUUGCUAUAAAACUCCAUCCAUCCAUUUUCAACACCGCUUAUCCUGGUUAGGGUCACGGGACGCUGGAGCCUAUCCCAGCUGACUUCGGGCGAAAGGCGGACUACACCCUGAACUGGUCGCCAGUCAGUUGCAGGGCACAUAUAGACACGGACAGCCAUUCACACUCACAUUCACACCGUCACUGAGUGGGAACUGAACCCACACUGCCUGCACCAAAGUCAGGCAAGUGUACCACUACACCAUCAGUGACUUGCUAUAAAACUCACCAAUUAAUUUUGUUGUUGUUGUUGCUCAGGACAAAACCAUGUCUAAUAUAAAAAUAUCGCUUUGGCGUCAUUUUGUAGCAUAUUGGGGCCAAGGAAUUAUGUUGAUGUGUGUUGAAGAGCUUCAUUUAGACAAGGCUAUAUAGCCUUGUCUAAUAGAAAGAAGAGUGCUUUGACACCAUCUUGUGGCUUCCAUCGGCAAUUACGAAUCGUUUUGGGUGCGUGUUGAUGAUGAUUUUAUUAACUAAGGGGAAAAAAUCCAAAUAUAUCUGGAGCUAUGUGAAAAAGUAAUUGCCACCUGAACCUACCAUGGCAGCGGUAAAUGAAAUCAAAGGUUUGUGCAUCGCUGUGGAGGAUUUUUGGCCCAUUAUUCUUCACAGAAUUGUUACAACUAAAUCUUUUUUUUUUGCACUGCCUGUUUAAAGUCAUACUUCAGGAUCUCUAUAGGAUUUAAGCCCAGACUUUGACUUGGCAACUCCAAAACCUUUGUAUUGUUUUUUUUGUUUUUUUUUAACUUUCAGAGGUGGACUUGCUGGUAUGUUUUGGGUCAUUCUCCUUUUGCAUAACCAAUGAGUGCUUUAGCUUGAGGGCACAAAAUGACAGCCAGAUGGUCAGCAGAGGGAUUUUGUGGUAGACAGCAGAAUUCAUCAUUCCAUUAUUCACAUGUUGUCCAGGUCCUAAAGAAGCUCAGCAGCCCCAGACCAUCACACUGCCACCAACAUGUUUGAAUGUAGGCAUGACGUUCUUUUUAUGAAAUGCUGCGUUAGUUUAAUGCCAGACGUAACACAUGUAGCACACCUUCCAACUACUGCCCUAUAUUGUCUUUGUGAGGACAAAGAGCGUACUAGCACAUGUCAUGGACUUUUAAUUGGAUAUCAAGGAUAUGGAAUAAACACUCAAACAGCUUUCCAUACUGGCAGACCACAUGGAAGGUCAACAGUUAAAUGCACCUUACUUUGCACAAAGCAUCCAACUAUGUAACAGUUCUCACAGCUUCCAUGUAAAUACAUGUACAGUACAGUGAAUGUGACUGAGUGAAUCCUUUUCUCUUGAGAUUUAACUAUUGCAUGGCUCUGUCCCAUUCCAGGUUUGGAAUUCCUUUUCAAGCCUGCAUUGAAUGCAUAUUGUGCACGAGACACCUGUUCAUGAUGUGUUAUUUAGCACUUUAAAAAGCCAUUGUAUUCUUCUGCAAUAGCCUACAUUCUAGUCACUGUGACCAUGAAAAGUAUUCUAUUUUUCUCAAAUUUGAUUUUUUUUUUUUUAUGAAUUAUUUUACUACAUGAAUUAGUGAAUGUAUUCCUGAUGCUAAUGAAUCACACUUGAAUCAAGUCAAAGGUGUGUGUGUUUACAAUUGAUAAACAUCACUGAUUAAAAAAAUAAAAACA